UGAAAUAUGAUGUAUUAGGUUAAGACUAUAAAACAAAAUGGCUCCAAUUACUCCAACAUGGGACGAUGUUUCAUCCGAUUCUCUGACUAAGCUAAUGGAUAAGCACUGGUCUCCAUAUAAGAUUUCUACAUUUCAUGAAUUUGAUAUUAAUAUAGUUGAACAUAUCUACAAACAUGAAUUAUUCAAUAAACAUAAAUUUUUACUGAAAAAAAUAAUGUUACUGGAGUUUUCUCAAUAUCUCGAAAAUUAUCUCUGGCCAAAUUUUACCAAUGAAACAGAUUCUAUAGCAUUUAUAAUGUCAAUUGUAUUAAUGGUAAAUGAAAAAAUUAGACAAAGAGUAUCAGCUCUUAAAAUUUUCAGCACAAAUGAAGAAAUUUUCCCUAUAUUUUUUGACAAACUUUUACAUCUUUUACUGGAAGACAAGCUAAGUCAUUUAGAGCAAACACAGUGCAUAAUAUUUUUAAACCAAGCCUUCAAUAGCCUAGAAAUCGAUUUUAUUAGAAAAAGCGUCCAAAAAUUGGUAUCCUUAAUCACGUGGGCAUCUAUUAACGAGAAUCGAAGGGAAGCAGAAUUUUCCAAAUUUGCCAAACUCAAAAAAUUGUACAACGCUCUCAUGAAAAAGGAAAACAAAUUGCUCGGGCCGGGUGAGAGUCCAUCUUUGCUUUACCGGAAAUCUGUUUUUGACAGAACUUUCAUGCAUCGAUUAUUGCAGAAUUUUGUUUGCAAUGUUCUUGGAGCCCUUAACCAAUCAUCAGCAACAACCCCUAGAAAUUCUCGAUCCACCCUUACCUCCUAUAAUCAUCUCGUUCAGUAUAUCGAGCGAUUUUUGGAACUUCUGAUAGACCUGGAAGCCCACUUGCCCAACAGGAGAUUCUUUAAGGUUCUAUUGGAUGCCUCACACGUGAUACCUCAUUGCACGCUAUCGCUUAAAGAAAUGCGAAUGGGUAUAGGGGAUAACAAGGAAAUUAAAGAGAAAUUGAAGUUGUUUGGACAAUUAUUGGUGAUCCUGAAAUUUUACCACGAUUUUGAGAUAAACGAUAUAACGGGUGAGGCCUUGACGGAAGAUGAAAUGACAGAUUUGCAUUAUGACCAAAUAACUCAUUUACAAAAAAUUUGCUUUAAAAAUUUCAAAUCUCACCCUACUCUUCUAAAAUUCGCUUUGGCGAACGUCUGUAAAGUCGAUACCAGGCCCGCCAUGCUACCCUUUUUUGCCGCCUUAAACGCCGAAACGUUAAAAUCCCUCUGUGUCGAUCUGAAUCUCAUUGACGAUUCCGAGAAAUCGAACGAAUUAUCUAAGGAAUUCCUUCUAGAAUUGAUCAUAUUCAAGCACGAAAGAAGGGAUUCUCAACUUCAGGCGAUUAACGAUAUGCCCCUGUUUCCGACGGAAAAGGUUUUGUGGGAUCAGAACUUGGUACCUGACGAUUAUUACACUGGAGAAGAUUGCCUGGCUCUACCUAAAUUGAACCUUCAAUUCCUCACCCUGCACGAUUACCUAUUGCGUAAUUUCCGGUUAUUUCAACUGGAAACCACUUAUGAAAUCAGGCAAGAUGUACAGGACUCCCUAUUCAGGCUCAAACCAUGGAUAUCGGAGAACCCGCAGUUAAACAAGGUUAUAUUCGGAGGGUGGGCACGAAUGGCGGCCCCAAUACACUCGUUCAACGUUAUCGAUAUUGGGAAACCGGAAAUUGGGGGUCAAGCCACCCGAAUGAGACCUAGCAAGGUUCGGGCCGAUGUCACGGUUAACCUAAACGUGAGAGACGACGUCAUGGAAGAAUGGCAAUCUAUUCGCAAAUACGAUGUAUGCUUCCUCAUUGCCCUCGAACCCAAUAAACCAUACGGUUAUAAAUACAAAUUCAAGGAUUUCAUACCCAAAUCGUUCAAUAAGCCUAAACCUCAAGCCAAGAAAAAGGAUGAGAACGAAGAUGAGGAAACGGAAAAUGACGAGGACCUGCCCAGGGUCGAACCUUUUCCCCUCGAAUUUGGCGUAAAAUAUGUGAGGGGAUGCGAGGUUGAAGGAAUGUUGGAUGCCGACGGGAAAGUCAUCGAAGAAUCUGGUCCUACCCAGAGAGAAAAAAUAUCGCUCCCCAAGGGUCCAACUCGCACCUGGAGAGUUUACCUGGACGCCAAUCAAUAUUCCAUCGAUUUUCAGAACCUCGCUGAUCUAUCGUCCGAUGAUUCGAUAUUAGAAAAUCCCGCGAGAAUAUCUAGCAGUGAGAUAUCCUACGACGAAACGUGCUUCCACGUUUUAAUGAGGCGCAAACCGAAGGAAAACAAUUUCAAGGCGGUCUUGGCUACGAUUAGGCGAAUCAUGAACAUAGCCCAGGGUAGACCAGCUUCUUUGGAAGGCGAAAAUACGGCCAAGGAUGGCCUUUUGGUUAAUAAGAAUGAAGAAUCGAACGCGAACCAAUUUCCUGGCAAAGAGGAGAAAGAAAAUGGAAAAGAUGGCGCGAUCUCAGGAGGGAAAGGCCAUAACGAGGUCAAAAUAGCCGGAAGUUAUAGUACCAACACGUGCGAGGAAGCCGUUCUGCCCCAAUGGCUCAAUGACACCAUUUUGGGCUUUGGUGAACCCGAUUCCGCUAGAUACCCCAAAGUUGUGAAUAUUUUCAAAAAAAAAUACCCAAAUUUGAUUGGUUUAGACGAAGAUGGUUAUUUGGACAUGCGCGAUACCUUUUUGACCAGGCAACAUUUGAUUAGCUGCUUUCCCGAUAAUAUCGUGGAGUUUGAUAACAAUAUAGAAGAUAUUUCUGCUGACGCAACUACUGGCAUGCAUAAUAUAUUCUAUAAACUAAAGUUCCCUGGUAUCGAUAAUUCGUCAUCUCCAAUCGAAGAUUCUCUGACUCCGAAGGUGAUUAGGGUUAAAGAGUACAUGAUAGAAGGGUUUGGACCGCCUACCUCUAACCUCAAGAUACCUAGAAAUGAAUUACCAUUUACGCCAACCCAGGUGGAAGCUAUCAAGUCCGGCCUUCUGCCCGGCCUAACUAUGGUCGUGGGCCCUCCUGGAACUGGUAAAACCGACCUUGCCGUUCAAAUCGCUAGACUAGCCUACAACCGAUGCUCGAAUUACACGGGCCACCUUCAGGAGCGAAUCCUGAUUAUAACUCACAGCAAUCAAGCCCUCAACCAGAUUUUCCUCAAGAUAAGUCAAUUCAACACUGACCCUUGCCAUUUAUUGCGGCUGGGCCAUGGUGGAACCGUUUUGGACGCGGAUUACGGCAAAUACGGGCGGGUAGAUUGCGUGCUCAAGGAAAGGAUGCGGAUGCUCAAACAGGUCGCCCAGCUUCGUGAUAGCCUGUUGGAGGUGAAGGCGGAAAGUAUUUUCCACGGAAAUUACGGGAAUAUUUCUAACGUCGCGAACGAUUUGGGAAUGGAAAAUAAUAUUAACGAAGUGGAAAUGGACGAAACGGCGGAAGAUGACUUCGUGAACGAUUCAAUGAUAAAAGGCAAUAAUGAUGAGUUAGAAAUCGAUAAAACGACCGAAAAUAACGUUGUGAAGGAUUUGGGGAUAGGAGGUGAUAAUAUUGAGGUAGAAAUGGAUACAACGGCGGAAAAUGAGGCGACGAAUAAUGGUAAUAUUUCUAACGUCGCGAAAGAUUUGGAGACGGAAAGUAAUGUAGCUGACGCGAAAAUCGUCGAAACGGCGGAAAAUGAAGGUGAAGCGAUGGACAAUGAUCCUCAAGAAGUUGUGACCGUAAUCGAAGAACCCGGCCCGACGGAUCUUCCGAAAUUAGAAGAAGAAGGUCUGGCGGAAUCGGUUGAAAUAAGUGUACCGGUUUCCAAUCAUAAUCUUACCAGGGAUAACAUAGUGCUCGAAUCUUACCGCCACUUUAAACUACCCCCAUUUUCCGACGCGAUCCGCAGCCAGCACCGAGGCAGUUACGAGAUAAAUUAUUACAAAAGCCCCGACCUCAAAUUUACUUGCGAGACGGCCAUGUAUUUUUACCGCUACGAAAUUUCUAGUCGGUGGGACGCCUUCAGAAAAGGGAUGCUACAAUACAAACAAAGCUUAUCCGAUCAGCCGUCAAAUGGUGACGACAAAGUCGAUGAUCUGAAUAGACCCUUGGUCGAAAAGCUAAUGGCCGAAUUCCCUUUCACGACAUUCGUAGCUCAAACUAUGGAGGAAAUCAAAAACGACCCCAAGGCCCAUAAUUUUGUCUUGGGUGAUGAUAGUUGCCAAGAUAAUGAAUUAUUCCUGACCUCUGGAACCUUCGAAGAGAACAUGAAGAUUGCCGAAAGCUAUUUCAAGCAUAUAAAACGUAUAUUUGAUCGUUUAGAGGAAUUCCGGGCUUUCGAAAUCUUGAGGAACGGGCCUGAACGGGUCAAUUACCUACUCAUUCGUUCUGCCAGGAUCAUAGCCAUGACUUGCACUCACGCGGCCCUAAGACGGGCCGAUCUAGUAAAAGCCGGCUUCAAAUACGACACCCUUAUCAUAGAAGAAGCGGGCCAGAUCUUGGAGAUCGAAGGAUUCAUACCGCUCUUGUUACAAAACACGAAAGAUAACGUCAAUCGUCUUAAACGUUGCAUCAUGAUUGGAGAUCACAACCAAUUACCGCCCGUUAUAAAAAAUCUGGCCUUCAAAAAUUUCGCUAACAUGGAACAGUCCAUGUUCGCCCGCUUGAUACGUUUGGGUGUUCCGGCCUAUACCUUGGACGCUCAAGGCAGAGCUAAACCCUCCCUAUGUGACCUUUAUAGUUGGAGAUAUACUAAGCUAGGUAAUCUGCCCCACACGUACAAAGAUCCUCUGUAUCUCAAGGCUAAUCCGGGCUUCGCCUUCGAUUAUCAAUUCAUCGACGUGCAGGACUUUAACGGGGUUGGAGAAUCUCAACCCACUCCCCAUUAUUUUCAGAACUUAGCCGAAGCAGAGUACUCUGUAUCCAUCUUUACUUACAUGAGGUUACUGGGAUACCCAGCCGAAUCCAUAAGUAUAUUGACGACUUACAAUGGCCAAAAAUACCUGAUCAGGGAUAUUGUCGAGAAAAGGUGUGCUCAAAAUCCGUUGUUAGGCAUUCCAAACAAGAUCACGACCGUGGACAAAUAUCAAGGUCAGCAAAAUGACUACGUUAUCUUGAGCCUCGUGAGAACCAAAUCCAUCGGUCAUUUUCGUGACGUGAGACGUCUGAUAGUAGCCGUUUCCAGGGCCAGACUUGGUCUAUAUAUAUUGGGCAGGGUAUCCCUGUUCUCGCGAUGCCUUGAACUGACGCCCGUCUUUAAAAGGGUAUUAUAUAUGAUAUAA